AUGGCGCCGCCCGGCAACAGCUUCAUCCGCGUGAGGCUGCUCUUCGACUACCCGCCGCCCGCCGCCGUGGGCUGCCGCAUGUGCUGGCUGCUCGUGGACAUGGCCGCGUGCCGCGUGGUGGCGGACCUGGAGAGCAUGGUCAGGGAGAGGUUCGGCUUCAGCCGCAGGAGCAUCCUCAGCCUGGUGAAGGUGGACUCUGUGGCUCAGGUGGACUCUGGGGCUCAGCUGGACUCUGGGGCUCAGCUGGACUCUGGGGCUCAGCUGGACCCGCUCAGCAGCCGUCCAGACACCCCCGCUGUGGCCUGCAGGAAGAGACACAGAGAGGAUGUGCCGGCGGGGGAGGAACGCAAAAAGAAGAAGAAGAAGAAGAUGAGAGAAUUGGAAGAAUCCCCCCCCGACUGCACCAACCAUGCUGUGGUGAAGGCCAAAAAAAACAAAGAAAAAAGGACCAAUAAAAAGCCGCCCCCCCCUGAAGGAGCUGGCGCCCCCCACAGAGCCAAAAGCACCAAGCAGCCCCCAGCAGCACAGAAAAGCCCCAGCCCCUCCAGUUCCAGUGCCAGCAGCAGCGAUGAGGGGGGGGCCCUGAAGGUUAGGGCGGCCAAAGCACCUCCCCCUACCCCCGCUGCCCCAAAAGCACCCCCAAAGACCAAACCCCCCCCUCCCUCUGCCCCCUGCUCAGGAACAGACUCCCCAGCCCGUAGGCUCAAAGCCAAGGCCUCACCCCUCACUGGGGGGGGGGGCGAGGACACCCAGCUGCUGAGCCCACAGCCUGCAGCCCGCCGCGCGGGGGGGGCGCCCCGCCGCCACAGAGAGGGAGGCCCCGCACAGCCGGUGGGGGGCGAUGGCAGCAGGGCCACUGAAGACCAGCGUGGCCUGGACACCUCCUACAGGACGGACUCCCUGACCAACGCGUCUGUCCUCCUCCAGAAUGGAGCAGCAAACGGAGCCGCAGGGCUUCCUAAGCAGGACUACAGCUCCAUGCCCCUGCUGGCCGCCCCCCCACAGGUGGGCCGGAAAAUAGCCUUCAAGAUACUGGAGCUGACAGACAACUAUACACCAGAGGUAUCUGAGUAUAAGGAGGGAAGGAUUGUGAGCUUUGACCCAGGAACCAAACAGAUUGAACUUGAACUUCAGACUGUCUCUGAAGCUCCUGCUGAACCUGGCAAGUUUGACCUGGUCUAUCAGAACCCAGACGGCUCGGAGCGGGUGGAGUAUGCCGUGUCCAGAGGAUGCUGGAUAACAGAAAACUGGGCCUCUCUGCUGGAGCCAAGACUCAUCCUUUGAAAUGGAAAAUGCGGGGAAUCACCUUCUAUCAAAUGUACAGAAUUUUAGGAUAUUUGGAUCAUUUUGAACUUUUGACCUGUAACUAUCUUGUUUUCAUGCAAUGUUUUCCUAAUAAAAUAUUCCUUUUUUGA